GCUUUUGUUGUUCAAUCCACCCUCCUAACUUAACCGCUUUUUAAAACCACUCACCUUACCUCAAUUGGAUAGACAGAGCUGAGAGCACAACAAGCUACAGUAUACUGCCCGAAACAUGGCAGCACUCUCUGCUAUAACAUUCACAACCUCAAAAAACCUCUUCAAUUCUAACAAACCCACUCUCACUUCCAAACCUACUUCACCAUUUUCUUGUCUUUCUUGUUUGUCACAUGACAGAGAAACAAAUCUCUCAUUGAAGUCAGUUUCUAAGACAAAGAAGUGCAUUCUUAACGUGGGUUUGGGGCUUUUAGCUGCUUCUGUUCUUGCUUUCUCACCAUUGGAUGCUGAAGCCACUAGAAUUGAGUACUAUGCUACGGUAGCAGACCCACCAUGUGAUCUUAGCUUUGUUCCCUCUGGCCUUGGUUACUGUGAUAUUUCUGUAGGGUCUGGUGUGGAUGCCCCAUAUAAUGAGCUCAUUAAUGUCCAUUACACUGCAAGAUUCGCUGAUGGGAGAGUCUUUGACAGCAGCUAUAAACGCGGCAGACCUCUCACUAUGCGCAUUGGCGUUGGUAAGGUCAUUAGAGGAUUGGAUCAGGGAAUUCUAGGGGGUGAAGGGGUGCCCCCAAUGCAAGAAGGUGGAAGACGCAAGCUAUAUAUUCCUCCUCCUCUAGCAUAUGGUCCAGAACCUGCAGGAUGCUUCUCAGGAGAUUGCAAUAUCCCUGGCAAUGCAACGCUUCUCUAUGAUAUUAAUUUUGUUGGAGUUUAUUCUGGGAAUAGGAGUUUACCAAAAAGAUGAAAGUCUAGUGUAGAUCAUCAAGUGAGUUUCCUCUCGUUAUCUUGGAAAUGAUGUCUUGGAUUGAUGCUGGGAUCGGAAUCCAGGAACUUCUUGAACUUCCAGAAGCAGCUUUUUUUUGUAUGCACUUGACUCAGCUAUGAGAUCAAGAGCCUCAUAGGUUGGUCAUGGCUCAUGUGUGGAAAUUUACAUUUUGAAGAAGUGCAUAAUAGAGCAUAUUCUUCACACCCCCUCCUCGGCAUGUCAUAAUCUCUCUGAACUUGAUAAAGCGAUAAAUCCUACUUUUGGGGAUUUAAGUAGUAAAAACAUAAAAAAGGAGGAUUAUUCCCUGUUUGAGUGCUAGAAAGUACUCAAAUGGGGAGGACAAUGGUUUGUGUAUGUAAAGUGACUUAGAUUAAUGGUGGUCAUUUACGCAUCCAUUUUUCAUUAUGAA